AUGGUCAGCUCCUGUUGUGGCUCUGUCUGCUCUGAGGAGGGCUGUGGCCAAAGCUGCUGCCAGCCCAGCUGUUGCCAGACCACCUGCUGUAGGACCACCUGCUGCCGCCCCAGCUGCUGUGUGUCCAGCUGCUGCAGACCCAGCUGCUGUGUGUCCAGCUGCUGCAGGCCCCAAUGCUGCCAGUCUGUGUGCUGCCAGCCCACUUGCUGCCGUCCUAGCUGCUGUAUUUCUAGCUGCUGCAGGCCCAACUGUUGCCAUCCCAGCUGUUGUGGGUCCAGCUGCUGUAGACCCAGCUGCUGUGUGUCCAGCUGUUGCAGGCCCCAGUGCUGCCAGUCUGUGUGCUGCCAGCCUACCUGCUGCCGACCCAGCUGUUGUCGACCUUGCUGUGGUAGUUCCAGUUGUUGUGGAUCCAGCUGCUGCAGACCCAGUUGCUGCAUUUCUAGCUGCUGCAGACCCAGCUGCUGUGUGUCCAGCUGUUGCAGACCCCAGUGCUGCAUCUCCAGCUGCUGCCGCCCCAUCUGUUGCCAGACCACCUGCUGCAGGACCACCUGCUGCCGCCCAGCAUGCUCUAGUGGUUCUUGCUGCUGA